GACAGAAAGAAAAUUUUAUAUAAUUUACAUUCGUCACCUUUAGCAAGACAUUUUGGUCUAAGGAAAACAAUAGAGAAUAUAACCAGAAAAUAUUACUGGCCUGGUAUAGGAGCAGAUGUUAAAGCUUAUAUUGAAUCUUUAGCAGUUGACUACUUUACUAAAUGGUCAGAAGCAAAAGCAAUAAAAGAAGCCACUGCUAUAGAAACCGCUAAGUUUUUAUAUGAAACUAUUAUUUGUCAAUAUGGAACUCCCUCAAUAAUAUUAUCCAAUAGAGGAACUCAUUUUGUGAAUGAAACAAUUAAAUUAAUGAAAGAGGAAGUAGGAUUCAGACAUAAACUUUCCUCUGCUUAUCAUCCCCAAAUAAAUGAAUUAACAGAACAAUUUAAUGGUACCUUAUGUAGAACAUUAAAACAAGAAUCUACAAAAUAUACUCCUUUUUAUCUUGUACAUGGUAGAAAAGCACAACUAUCAAUAGAUAUUGAAUUCCAAGAUCAAGAACAAAAUUUAAAUCCAAUUGAAAAUUUUAAAGAAUUCUUAAAUAAAAGGAUUAAUGCUUUAAAAGGAAUAUUUAUUGAUACUCAAAUUAUUAACCAUAGAAAUAUUUAA